AUGGCUACACCGGCGUAUGGCGCCCAGGCUAGUUCUAAGGCUGAGCCUAAUAAUGCAGCCCUGUUUGACGCCCGACGGCGGCAGACGGUGCCUGGGACUCAGAUCCUCGACAACAUAGUGUCAGGGUCAAAUUUCGAUCGAGAUGAGGUGGACAGACUACGAAAGAGAUUCAUGAAGUUGGACAAGGACAACAGCGGUACUAUCGAGAGAGAAGAAUUCCUGUCACUGCCACAGGUGUCGUCAAACCCGCUGGCGACGAGGAUGAUCGCAAUAUUCGAUGAAGAUGGAGGUGGCGACGUCGACUUUCAAGAAUUCGUCCUCGGUCUUUCUGCAUUCUCCUCUAAAGGCAACAAAGAAGAGAAGCUGAAGUUUGCCUUCAAAGUCUAUGACAUAGAUCGUGAUGGAUAUAUCUCGAAUGGAGAGCUCUUCAUCGUGCUCAAGAUGAUGGUGGGAAGCAACCUGAAAGAUCAGCAGUUACAACAGAUUGUGGACAAGACGAUCAUGGAGGCCGACAAGGACGGCGAUGGCAAGAUCAGCUUUGAGGAGUUUACGCAAAUGGUGGAGAACACGGAUGUGAGCAUGAGUAUGACACUGGAUCAGUUUUAG